AUUAAGGUUGAUCAAAUAUUGACUGUUAGUUUCAGCUUUUAGGAUCAUUCAUUAUAUUGCUUAAUUGUAAUCAUUCUUGAGCUUCUAACAAAUCUCUCUAAUUUAUUUCUUACUUCUCAAUCGACUCGAGUUUAUUUACUAAAUUUUGCUCUUUGCUCUAAUGCAACCAAAUGAAGCCAUAUCUUCUGAGCCUAAUCACUUGGCACACCUUAUUACAAAAUGCAUUAGAACUAAUGAUCUCAAGCUGGGUAGACUGAUACACUCUCGACUAAUCAAGACUGCAUUAAACUUUAACACAUUCCUUGCCAAUCGACUUAUAGACAUGUACUCUAAAUGUAGCUCUGUAGAAUAUGCACAUCAGGCCUUUAAUGAAGUGUCAAACAAGAACACCCAAUCUUGGAACACAUUACUUACAGGUUACUGUCAAAAGGGUCUUUUUGAAAAGACCUUCCAGCUGCUCGAUAUAAUGCCUGAACCAAAUGUUGUGAGUUACAACACGAUAAUAUCUAGCUUAACUCAUCACGGGUUUCCAGGAAAAGCUAUGGGCUUUUUCAAAAGAAUGAAAAUACAGUGUGGGUGUGAGUUCUUUAUCGACGAGUUCACGGUUGUUGGUGUGGUAAAUGCUUGUGCUUAUUUGGGUGCGUUGAGGUUGUUGCGUGAACUGCAUGGGUUAGCGACUGUGGUUGGUGUGAGGUUUAAUCUUGUGGUUUGCAAUGCAUUGAUUGAUGCUUAUGGGAAAUGUGGUAAACCCGAGUACUCGUAUUUUAUUUUCUGUCAAAUGCAUGAGACCGACGUAUUCUCUUGGACUUCGAUGUUGGUUGCUUAUAUACGUGCAUCUAGAAUGGCAGAUGCGUGCUCACUUUUUGAUCGUAUGCCGGUCAGAAAUGUGGUGGCUUGGACUGCUUUGAUCACGGGGUUUGCUCAAAAUGGAGAAGGAGAUAAGGCUUUGUGUAUUUUUAAGGAAAUGCUGGAAGAAGGUAUUGUUCCCAGUGCAUCCACUUAUGUUUGUGUUCUAAGUGCUUGUGCAGAUAUACCUCUUUUAGAUAAAGGGAAGCAGGUUCAUGGACACAUUUUUAGAUAUACAUGUUUAAUUGAUUUGCAUAAUGUGUUUAUAGUUAAUGCUUUGAUUGACAUGUAUUGUAAAUGUGGAGACAUGAUAUCUGCUAUGACAUUGUUUGAAAGGUUAGAUGGGAAGGAUCGAGUUAGUUGGAACUCGAUAAUAAAUGGGUUUGCCCACAACGGAAACGGAGAGAUGUCAUUGUUCAUGUUUGACAAAAUGAUUGAAGCAGAUACAAAACCAAAUCAUGUAACUUUUCUUGGGGUUUUAUCUGCUUGUAGUCACUGUGGUUUAUUAUCUAAAGGAUUCCAAUAUCUUCAUUCAAUGGAGAGGGAAUACGGUAUAGUACCCCAAUUAGAUCACUAUGCUAUCUUGAUUGAUUUACUUGGCCGGAAGAACAGGCUUCUAGACGCUGCGGAGUUGAUCAAGGGAGCUCCUUGGGGAACGGACAACAUUGGAAUGUGGGGCGCACUUUUGGGUGCUUGCAGGGUGCAUGGGAACUUGAAACUUGCUAGAAGUGCAGCAGAAGCUCUAUUUGAGCUGGAACCUGAUAAUGCUGCCAGGUAUAUUAUGCUAUCCAACAUCUAUGCAGCAGCAGGAAAGUGGGAUGAUGCCCGCAGUCUGCGAAGGUACAUGGAUAACAGAGGAUUAGUGAAAGAAGCAGCUUAUAGUUGGAUUGAGAUAAAAAAUAUCAGACAUAAGUUUGUCGCUAAAGACAAGUCCCACAGUCGGUCAGAAGAAAUAAAAGAGUUGCUACUUAAACUCAUAUAUCCAAUGAAGGAUGCUGAAUACGUAUUUCAAAUUGGAAGCUCUUACUCUCUUGAAGAUGAUCCAUUUUCUUUCCAUGAUUGAAAGAGGUUUAACCAUGUACAAUGCUUUCUAAUUUGACAAUUAAAUAUGAGCUGUGGUGCAAGCCGAAAUUUGGGAAAAGACAAAAGUGAGGGACAGAUUUUGUCUUUGCAGAUAUUAUCACUUAUCUUAAGGGUAGAAACAUGAAUAUAAGAUUGUUAGGCACUAUAAUAGAAUCUUUGCUGCUUGAAGUUUCAGAGAUAUUGAUAUUAUGAGCAGCAGAUAGAUCCAGCAUUAACGUGCAGGUAUCCACCUCUUUGGCGCACAGAUAAUGUGUCUGUCUAGGUAUCCACCACUUUGGUGCACAGGUAAUGUUUCUGUGCCUUGGUUUAAUGCUCUUCAUUUUGGUGAGAAAUAUGACUCUUCUUUCACAUGGACCUAUUAGCUAUCACAACCAUUCAUUUCUUAUGAACCACUGGCUUCAUGUUCCCAGCAUCCAAAUGUUUCUUUAGGGCAAAGUGAUAUUGAUGCCAUGCCUAUUACUUCACCUCGGUCAUGAGCGAGUUAUAAUUCUUAACAUUGUCAACGUCUCAAUAAGUCUAUUCCUAUUAUUAGCAUAUAAUCUUUUUUUACAAAACUAAUUUUCUCUCAGUCAUUGCUAUUGAUUUCAGGUUACAAAAUCUGUAUUCCUUGAGUUAUCCGCAAAACCAGUCUGCUCAGUUCACUACCGAAAUGUUAAGAAGCCGGGAUAGGUAACACGACAAAUAUAAAAUCACAGGCAAGUAUAUUCAGAAGGCACGACAUGGCAUAGAGACAGCUCUGAGCAAGUAUCGCCUGACAGGUUCUCUUUAAAGUGAGGAAGAAGUGGUUCUUAGGGAUUUGAUAUGAGACUUUUUUAAGGCAUGAGGGACCAUUUGCUGACGAUGAAUCAUUUAAUUAUAGUUGAAGGAAUUGAGGCAUCAAAAGCCUAUGUUAUGUUUCCAGACAAGCAUCAAUUGGAAGGGGAAAGAAAGCAUUUGUUUGCAACCCUUAAGUGUUGCUCCGCCUACAUUGCUCUUCACCUCCUCCAAAACCUACAAUGCUGAUCUCCGAGAACUGUCAGUGGUUCUUGGCAUGUUUUGUUCCCUUUUAAUGGGUUUUUAUCCAUCUCAUCAUUUUGUUAUGAUGGCCGUUGACACCGACCAUUUAAUCAAUUAUCUAGGAGACUUUGCUCUAAUCGUAUACUUUAUUCUUACCAUAACUGUAAUUCACUGUCAUAUUGUGUUUGGUUUUCACGUUUUUGACACAUCAGAUUGAUAUUGUGUACCUUCAUUAUUCAUAUUAAUAUUCUCUUCACAAUACACUCCAGUGGUUUAGGAAUUUGGUUUCUUUCAAAUUGUAGCUUGCGAAAAAAUUUGAGUAUUCAAGUCAAAACCCAAAGAACAAUCGGUGGAGUAGCUCACGAGUCACGACUAUUAUAAAUCAUGAGGAAGCCUUUAUACUAUCUAUGUAGGACAUUGUAUAUCUCUAAAUAACCCCUCUCUUUAAUUAAAUGUGUACUAAUGUUUUUUUUCUUCUUUUCUUGAUUUCUUUAUUUCUUUUGUUGCUCAGCUGCGUGAUUUUAAGGAGCCUGGAGUGGCUCAGCAAGUUGAAGGUUGACUAGGAGUAGAGAGAGUAAAGCAAGUAGCUCGAUGUGCAUAAUUGAAAGACAGAAGUUCGGAGCAAUGGAAUAAGCAGAGACAAUGCAGAAUUGGCUAGAGAUAUAGAUAGCAAACAGUUGUGACAAUGGACUUAUGGUUGACGGAAGGAGCUAAGAAAAGUGUGGCGGUGAUUUACAAGCGAAAGGAUAAGCUUAUCAAAGUUCAGCUAUUAUAUCAUGUGAAAAUUUUGAGUAUCCACACCAACAUUUUAAGGCUAUAUGUGGAGCAGGCCGUGACUUUAAUCAAUCCAUUUGGUACACCUAUAUACAUUUUUGUGAUGUUUUCAUCUUUACGCAUCUUAAUUUUUUGCAACUUAUUCUAAUAAAAUUUUAAUUUUCUCAGUAGCAUAGCUUGGGUUGGAUAUGAUGCUUCCAAUAGCUGAACAAUAAUUUUUCUACUUUAAUUUAUGAAGGUAUUCAUGGUAAA